AUGGAGAACACUACCCUCGCUUUGAACGUUUCCAGUGCGAUAACAACAGCCGCCAGUAACAACACCAACACAGUUAAUGAACCUGUAAAUAACGCUACAACUGCAGCGCCAAAUGCCACAACUUCGGCGUUAAGUACGCCGCCAUCUUUGACAACAACGACACCCCGCUGCCCUAAUGAUACAUCAUCCAAUACAACGCCGGCGAAUUUCCUUGGGAAACGGCCGAUGUUUGCUGUGAACCUGCGAGCAGAUCCAGAAAUCUUUGAGCUGCUACAGACAAUCAAGAGCCUGAAGCCGGUGCAGUCGUCUUUUGGUGUGCACAAGGUGGCCAUUCACGGACGAAUAGGAACGAUCGCAGACGUUGAAAAUGCGCUGCUUUACGCAUGGACUCCUACAGGUGGAAAAACACCCGAGCAAAGCGGUUUGACAAUCAAAAUUAUUUCCAUAAACGAUUACGGAACAUUUUCGGAAAAAGGGGAACCGGUUGUGGAUAUUGCCUACGUGGUCGGCAUGAAACCGGUACCGAUAACCGCUCGGAAUAAGUUUACGUCGUCGUCUAUUGUCAUUCGCGUUCCCACGACUCAAAUUAUUGGAUCACGUCUGGCGGAACGGAAUAUCUCCAUGUGCUCCUGCAAUGUCUACCGUGGUGAGCUGCUGCAUAUCAAGGAAAUUUUUGAUUUAUCCGCAAAUGUGUCCUCAUAUGUCGACGCACUGCGCAAUGCUUGGGAAUCCCAUAAACCGGUAUCAGCAUGUGGAGAAAGCGUGGUUAAGGCUUUUGGUGGCAUACCGGUCACGACGAUACAACCGGAAGGAGCCAGAAUGCGCUUUACAACAAUCCCAUACUUUGUCACAUCAAACGACAAACCGUGGAACCACCCAGAAAGCAGACCGGACCAAUCCGAGUUGUCGAAGCAGUUACACGAGAAAGGGUUAAACAGUGACCUUUACGACGGUACUGCCCCGAUCAGCAAGGAUUUAUCGUUUGUGGAUUACUUGAACGGUUCCAUUAGCUUCCAAGAGAUUCCAAAGGUCAAUACCGAAUUAGCCGAUUACAUUUCGAAUGCAACUGAUCAAUCCCCUCUGAAACCAAUAUUGUGGAAUUUGGAGCCGUUCAUAAAUUCGAAUGGGUCGAUUGUCACACAAGAAGGCUUUUUCAUUGUUCUUCCCAAUAAUCGCACGCUGGACCCGCGGUUGUUUUACGCCGAUGCCAUAAAAGAUACUAUGAAAAACCGAUCGAGCGAAACGCUCGUCCCAAAUCCGAUCAUUCCGUUGUACCUUAAAGGUCAACUACAAGAAGAGCAAUGGCCGACAAUUAUCAACAGUUUAAGUAGCGUACAACCAAAUUCCAAUUUUACUGUCGUUGGAAUGGAGUACGGAUUACAAGCGUUCGAUAAUUCAACAAGAGACGUAACCGAAGUUUUGGUGUCGACCGCACUGCCAAAUGGUGAUUCCGAAGUUCUACCGGAAAUUUUCUCCACCCUCGCCAAGACACUCUACAGUGACCUUACGGCGGAUGCGCUAGACACCGCUCUCUCGAACCUCAAUAUGUCUGUUUGCCGAAAUUGUCAGUAUUCCAAACUGCGAAUGCUGAACCUGCUACGCACGGGAACGGACGUUGAUCCGAAGCAGAACUUGGGAACCGACGUCAUACUGAACCGCAUAUCGUCGUCAUGGAAUGAGAGUAAUGCUGUGACGAAUGAAGGAAUUCCGUUGAAUGUUCAACUGAUUGGUCGGGAUGACAUGCUAGCGAAUGAGAACGGAACUUUGGUCUCGCAAUUUUCUUACUCGGUGGCUUAUCCCAGUCCGGCGAGACACUGGUAUAUUGUCAGGGAACCGACACCGGAGCUGUUCAACAAGGCAUUCGCUGAUCUUCACGUUGAACCGUUUGCUGGAGCACUGGUUCAUCUUUAAAAUUUGCUUAGAAAUUGGCAGUAUUGUGUUCAAAACAAUUCUACUACAAUUGUGUUUGUUCACGUGUUAGCUCUGUUGCACAACUUUGGAGGGACGUUAAAUAAUUCUACUACAGUGAGCUGAUUA